CCACCAGUAAAAUGCUGAUUUCAUGGCUCAAUAAUGAGAGUAAUUUGAGGCAUAACCCAUUCAUUUUAGUUCACUCACUCAUUCCGUGGAAGCACUUAUUUUUUCCAUUUCAACUAGAAUCAAUGAUGCAAGUCUCUUCAAUCUGUUUAGCAGCUAACGUUCGUGUUCGCCUGAAGUCACUGCACACAAACCCAGCAACCAUAAACGACCCUGCUUCCAUAGCUGCUCCGAAGUGGUCUCAAAAGACAAUAACAUUGCCUCCCCUUAAACGUGGGUGUCAUCUAGUAACUUCUAAGCCAUUGGUUCAGAUUGUGAAAGAAGUUGGGCAAGAAUUAUCUGGAUUCAAGUGUGGCCUAGCCCAUCUCUUCUUGCAUCACACAAGUGCUUCUCUCACAAUCAACGAAAAUUAUGACUAUGAUGUUCGUGAUGACACAGAAACAUUCCUCAAUCAGAUAGUUCCAGAGGGCCCAUCUGCGCCAUGGAAGCACACUCUAGAGGGACCAGAUGACAUGCCGGCACACAUAAAAUCGUCCAUGUUUGGUUGUUCACUCACGAUACCGAUUACAAAUGGAAAGCUUAAUAUGGGGACAUGGCAGGGUAUAUGGCUUUGCGAGCAUCGAGAUUAUCCUACACCGCGUACGGUUGUGGUCACUCUUAAUGGAAUAUGAGCUCAUCUUCAUAUCAUCAACAACACUUUCGUUUCAAAAUUUAUGAAUAGUCUCUCUCGAUAUUGCAUCUUAGGUGAAGUUGAGUACCUUGCUAUGAAUGCAACACUGAAAUCUUUUAAUCAUUGUUCCUUUAAUCUGAUAAAUAGAAAGUUAAAAUGUAUAAACUGGUUUUAAUUGAGGGAAAAAACUCAAUUUAUUGUCUCA